AUGGCGAAAGGAAAGGCAACCGACAAGAAGGCGCCAGCCCCGGCCAAGGGGAAGGGAGGCAAGCCGGACAAGGACGACAAGCAAGUCAAGGGCGCGCAGUCCAUCAAUGUGCGCCACAUUCUCUGUGAGAAGCAUGCGAAGAAGGAGGAGGCCCUGGCUAAGCUGAGGGACGGUGCCAAGUUCGACGAGGUCGCCCGCGAAUUCUCAGAGGACAAGGCGAGGCAGGCUAACCGACUGUGCGCUCGUGUUGUUAGGUGGUGCCCUUGGAUGGAAGACGAGAGGGAGCCUUGCCCCCAGUUUGAAGAGGUUGCCUUUAACCUGGAGGCGAGUUCAACGGGUAACCCCAAGAUUGGGGAGGCCAAGACGGAGUUUGGAUACCACAUCAUCAUGGUCGAGGGAAGGAAAUAA